AUGCAAAAUAAGGGUCUCAUUGUUGACAACGUUAUCAAGAGAGGUAAGGUGUUGCCUAAUGUGUGCUUAUUGUGUAAACUGGAUGCUGAAACAUGGCCGCACCUCUUUCUUCAUUGCCCUUUCACUUUUAGAAUUUGGUGCUGGUAUUUUGAUGAACUUGAUCUUGCCAUGGUGAUGCCCGCUGAAGCACUUGGGAUCAUCUCAAAUUUGUCGGCUCCCCUACCCAAGGCUUGCUUGAUCUUAUGGCAGAUGACGAGAGGCCUAAUACUCUGGGAAGUUUGGAAGGAAAGGAAUCGUAGGGUAUUCAAUGGUGUCAGCCUACCUUUUGCGAAUGUGUUUGACAAUAUUCUUCGUGGGUUGUGGCUCUUCUGCUCUGUGUCGAAGGAUCGGUCUGAUAUGUUGGAAGUUGAUUUCAAGAGGAACCUAUCAAUCCUCUUCCGUCUAGAUGUCUUCAAAAGUAGUUCGAAGGGUAGAUGGGUGCCCCCCUUGGAGGGAACUUUUAAACUUACUUUUGACAGAAGUUCUUUUGGAAAUCCUGAUCCGACUGACAUUGGAGGUGUUCUAAGAGAUUGGAAUGGUACGGUGGUGUUUUUUUAUGCAAGGCCCUUGGGGACAAAAAAGCCAACUAUGCGGAGAUGCAGAGCCUUCUUCAUGGCUUAA